GGGAGAUAAGAGGAGGCCUUUCAUUUCACUCCGGCUAUGUUGAAGCUACGUGUAAUGAGGGUGAGGUGUCCCCUCGUGCGAGAGUGCAUGGCCGAAUUUUUGGGAACUUUCGUCUUAAUGUUCUUUGGCUGCGCUGCUGCUGCGCAAGUAAAAACCAGCAAUGAGACUAAAGGCCAGUUUCUAUCUGGCAACAUGGCCUUCUCUGUGGGUGUUAUGUCAGCCAUGUAUCUCACCAAGGGCAUCUCAGGUGCCCAUCUGAACCCAGCGGUGACCCUGAGUUUCUGUGUUUUGGGGAAGGUGUCCUGGUCGAGGCUCGUGCCAUAUUCCCUCUUCCAGGUGGUGGGGGCUUUCGUGGCGUCGGGGGUUGUCUAUCUCGUCUACUAUGAUGCCAUAAUGACUUUUAGUGGAGGAGUGUUGACUGUGUACGGCAGGAAUGAGACUGCCUCGAUAUUUGCCACAUACCCCUCUGACUACCUUUCUGUGGGCAGAAGUUUCUUUGACCAAGUAGUGGGCACCGGCAUGUUGCUGUUGUGUAUCCUGGGUUUGGAGGAAAAGAGGAACACCCCGGCUCCCUCUGAGCUGGUUCCUGUUGUAGUGUCAGCUGUCGUUCUGGGGAUCUCCAUUUCAAUGUCGGCUAACUGUGGUGCUGCCAUAAAUCCUGCUCGGGACCUGGGGCCUCGCCUCUUUACCCUAGCUGCAGGCUGGGGGACUGAGGUCUUCACGUGUUACAACUACUGGUUCUGGGUACCAUUGGUGGCUCCGCUUGUUGGAGCCGUUUUUGGUAGUUUGAUGUAUCUCAUCUUUAUCGACUGGCAGCUGCCUGACCCAGACCAACUUGAGAGGAUUUCCACCAUCAGUGAAAAACUUGAAAAAAAAAAGGAGAUGAGUUAAAGGCUGUGAAUUUUUAAAGUUUAACGCUGAAACUAUUUUUCUACUGUUAGAAAAAACAAAAAGGAAUAUCUUCUUUCAAAUGAUGUAGCUGUUUGCUCCUUAAACACAGCCAACAGAGAUAUGUAUUAGUCAUAAGAUAAAGCUGUUUGUUUACAAUGAAAUGUGUGUUUAGUAUAAUAAUCACUGUGUGUCCUUUUUUGACUUUGUAGCUGAGAAAACUGCUAGCAUGUUCACCUCUUUGUAAAUCAGAUAUAGAGGACUAUGUAGAUUUAAACAGUGAAAUCCAUCUUAGUUCACUGGCUGGUCUAUUUUACUCCCCUCUGUUGUUUUAACGCAUUCACAUUUUGGCAUUUCAGCCUGCAAAUAUUUCACUUUUAUAGAA